GAUUCAUUCAUUCAUUCAUUCAUUCAUUCUCACCUAACACCCUUCCCCUUCCCUAUAUUACUUCAUUCUCAUAUUUCCUUCUGCAUCACUCUUUCUCUCUCUCUGUCUUUAUCUCUUCCCACCAUACUAACCUUUCAAUCCAACAACACCAUGUUAAGUGUAGCUCCUUCUGUUGAUACCAAUACUACCAAAGAGAUGCCUGCAACAAAAACAGAGCAGAACCAAAUUCCUCAGACUACCCAUGUAUUCAAAUCAAAAUUACCAGACAUACCAAUCUCCAACCACAUGCCCCUCCAUGCUUACUGCUUCGAAAACCUCUCCAAAUUCGCCGACCGUCCUUGCCUCAUCGUCGGCUCCGCCGCCAAAACAUACACUUACGCAGAGACUCACCUUAUAUCACGCAAGAUUGCAGCCGGAUUCUCGAACCUCGGCAUCCGAAAGGGCGACGUCGUCAUGAUCCUCCUCCAGAACUCCGCCGAGUUCGUCCUCUCCUUCCUCGCCGCCUCCAUGAUCGGUGCCGUUGCCACCACCGCCAACCCGUUCUACACCGCCGCCGAGAUCUUCAAGCAGUUCAGCGCCUCCAAGGCGAAGCUCAUCAUAACUCAGGCAAUGUACGUGGACAAGCUCCGCAACCACGACGGCGGAUGGAGCCUCGGCGAGGACUUCAAGGUCGUGACCGUGGACGAUCCGCCGGAGAACUGCCUCCACUUCUCGGUGCUCUCGGAGGCGAACGAGAACGACGUUCCGGAGGUGGAGAUCCAUCCGGACGACGCGGUGGCGCUUCCGUUCUCCUCCGGCACCACGGGGUUACCGAAAGGAGUGAUUCUGACUCACAAGAGUUUAACCACGAGCGUGGCGCAACAGGUGGACGGGGAGAACCCUAACCUCUACCUCACUACCGAGGACGUACUCCUCUGCGUGCUCCCGCUCUUUCACAUAUUCUCGCUCAACAGUGUGCUGUUAUGCGCGCUGAGAGCCGGGAGUGGCGUUUUGCUGAUGCAGAAGUUCGAGAUUGGGACGCUGCUGGAGCUCAUACAGCGCUACCGCGUGUCGGUGGCCAUGGUGGUGCCUCCCUUGGUGCUGGCGCUGGCAAAGAAUCCGAUGGUCGCGAAUUUUGACCUCAGUUCAAUACGGUUAGUUCUCUCCGGUGCCGCUCCCUUGGGUAAGGAGCUCGAAGACGCCCUCCACAGCAGGGUGCCUCACGCUGUUUUGGGACAGGUAACUAAUUACCGUACACAUUCCCUUAAUUUUAUUAAUUAUUAUAAUUAUUAUGGACGUAAAACUCUAAUUCUAACAUUAUAA